AUGGCACUUGUCCGACGACGAAAUACCCCUGCAGAGGAUCAUCGAAUCCAUACCGAUACUUCUGGAUCCCUAAUCCUUUCUUCCACUACAAACAUGACUCGAGAUAGCCACAGACAGCGACGCCGUCGCAAUCAUUGGGAGGCUGAAGGAUCGAUUGGCAGAUAUCACGGGCCCCCACAUAGAACUACAGAGGCUACCAUCGUCCAUCCAGACAGGCUAGAAAUCCUUAUGAGGGUCGAAACAUACCAUUUCCUACAUGGACCCGGACGUAUGCCCAACAACAGGCCGUCGCAGGCUUUCCACCAGGAUUUCUUGACGACCCUUCAGAUCAAUUUGACGGUCCCUGCGAGGAUCUAUCAAAGUACGAUCCUACGUCUGAAGACGAUUAUUACUACGAUUCAGACGACGGAUGGGAGUACUAUCGGGAAGAUUACCUGUUUCCCGUACGCGUACCCACCGUCAGGAGAACUUUCAGUAUCAUGUCGGGAUGCUGCUGUGCUGGGUCCUGCCCGAGAUGUGGUCGGUUCCAUUAGACAAGAAUAA